UUCUAGCGUUUUUUGACUAUAUAUGAUUAGGCAUUCUCACGAAAAGGCGUUUGUUUCUAUUAAUUUCUCUUAUUGCAUGGACUAAGAGAGAUUAGAUUGUGCUUUUCCUCUCAUAUUUCUCUUUCCUGAAAACGUUGAUAAUAGUUGGUAUUCUAUAUAGCAAACAUGUCUCGGAGCUGCUCGCAGUGUGGUAACAACGGCCACAACUCACGCACCUGCUCCGAGGCAGGUGGUGGUGGUGGUGGCAGCGGGGAGAAUAAUCAAAAUGGAAUCAUGUUGUUUGGUGUACGAGUCACCGAGGCUGACUCCUUCAGGAAAAGUGUUAGCAUGAACAAUCUUUCUCAAUAUGAUCAGCCUCAAGAUUCUAACGCUGAUACUGGCUAUGUCUCCGACGACGUCGUUCACGCUUCUGGCCGGAGCCGUGAGCGCAAGAGAGGUGUUCCGUGGACGGAGGAAGAGCACAGAUUAUUCUUGUUAGGUUUACAGAAAGUUGGAAAAGGAGAUUGGAGAGGAAUCUCUAGGAACUUUGUGAAGACACGUACACCUACUCAAGUUGCUAGCCACGCCCAGAAGUAUUUCCUCCGCCGUUUUAAUCAGAAUAGGCGGCGCCGCAGAUCUAGUCUUUUUGACAUCACAACCGACUCGUUCACGGGUACUUCAAUGGAAGAAGAUCGAGCUCAACCAGAAACGGUAACAGUGCCACAGCCAAAGCAACUGGGAGCAUUUCCUCUGUCAACUUAUUCAGUGAAGCUUGCUCCAGUAGUCUUACCGGUGACAGGAGAAAACUCGAUGGAGAAUCUAACUUUAGGCCCAAGCAGCAACCAGCAGAGAACAAUAACAAAACCCAUCCGCCCAAUACCGAUUCUUCCGGUGCCUCCAUCUUCAAACAUGGCUGAUCUUAACUUGAGCCAGAAAGCCAGGCAAACCCAAAUAGAGCCUUUGCCUCUGUCACUGAAACUCUCAGCACCAUCGUCAUCAUCUUCCGAUGAGAAGUCGGCUCCAAAGACGUCACACUCUUCUGCUUUUCAGGCCAUGUCAAGUGGUGAUAGCAUUAUUAGUGUUGCUUAAAGAAUAUGAUCGGUGAUGUAAAGGUUGAAUUUGGUAAAAUAAUUAAAGAUAAAAUUAUUGGAUCAAUGAAGGAUAUGAAAAGAUUAGGUAAUUAAAUUAUAAAUUAGCUGAUUCCUUGUUUGUACAGUUAGAGCGAGAGAGAAGGGCUGUCAUUAUCGUUGUGGGGAUUCUUAUUUGGUGGUCUAGUUUCUUUAGCUGUGAAAUGAUAGAGAAUCAGGAACUCUGCGUUGUUGUGUAUGAAACUUCAACAAGGGAAAAUAUCUGAAAUUCCCGGAUUCUAUUUAUUUAUGUGAUGCCUAUUUCUAUGAUAUAUAAUUACUAUACUUGUGUUAA